AGAAACGAUGUCAUGGAGCCUCACAAACUAUCACAAGAUGGAGGACGAUAGAUGACGUCCUCUACGCCUUACAACUCCGGCAUGCUCUACGGUCACCACUCUAGUGAAUCGUAGUCUGGCGCGCUCAUCCGAGGGCUCAGCAUGUUGGUGAAACUUCGCCCGACCCACUAGCGAUCGAGGAGAACAAAUGCAACGCACCGGAUCGUCCAGAUCCGGUUGGUCAAUUCCAGCUGCCUAAGUGACAGAAAGUCAUCCGGACGCGACUAGCGCCUCUCCUUGCUUCUCGCACGUACAUACAUACGUACAAUUAUUUCCUUCUCUGUCUGUGCCCCGUGUCCCCGACCUCCAUGUCCUUUCCCAUCCAGCUCCUCGUCUUUGUCGUCCUUCCCUGCGCCCUCCUGCUCUUCUCGCGCAGGCAGCGGGGACGACGUGCACCCCUCCCACCAGGCCCGCCUCGCCUCCCACUCAUCGGGAACCUGCUGGACAUACCCGCGAAGGAGCCAUGGCUCGCGUUUACCGAAAUGCGCGCGAAAUACGGUACGCCUCUCCCGCUUCACUUCCCCUUAUUGUACCCAGCGCCCACCAUGACCACAACCACACAGGCGACGUGACCUCGCUCACGAUGCCGGGCCGCACCAUCAUCCUCGUGCACACCGCGUCCGCGGCCACGUCGAUUCUAAUCCACUCGUCCGCCCUGACCUCCGAGCGCCCGGUGCUGCCCUUGGCCGGCGCGCUGUGCGGGUACGACACCCAGCUGCCACUGUCGCAGUACACCGCGGAUGGCCCGCGCGCACCGGGCGCUGUCAACAACCGCGUCAAAGCGGAGCGCAAGUGCUUCCACGGGUUCCUCGGCACGCCGGGGGCGGUGGCCGCGCUCGUGCCGCGGGUCGUCGAUGAGGUCCGCGACUUCCUGCGCGCGGUGGAGGGGACCGAGGGGGAUGUCAUGCACCACAUAUCGCGUGCCACGAUGAGGUUCAGUCUUCGGAUCGCUUAUGGACAUAAGGCGGACACUGGCACGGCGCCCGACGCGUUCGUGCGCGAAGUGGAGAUCGGGUCAGACAACUUCUUCGAGAUGACGAAGCCGGGCGCGUCUUUCGUCGAUUUGUUUCCGAUCUUGCGCCACUGGCCGUCGUGGCUCCCCGGCGGCGACUUCCACCGGGUCGGCGCGCAAAUCCGCAAGCACCUAGAAUACACCAGAGACAUGGGGAUAACUCUUGUGAAACAGCGCAUGGCGCAUGAGAGCAACGAGCGGUCGUUGGCGUCGUCCAUGAUAGAGACGAAGGAAGACGAGUUUCUGACCACAGUAGCAGCAUUCGCUCUCGGGACAGGAGCCAGUGACACCACGGCAUCGCAGCUCUCCGGAUUCUUCCUCGCGAUGGCACUGAACCCGGACAUCCAGCGUGCGGCCCAAGCAGAGCUCGACGCCGUCGUGGGACGCAGCAGGCUGCCCACGCUCGAGGACCAGUCCAGUCUGCCAUACGUCGAUGCAGUGUGCAAGGAGGUCCUGCGGUGGUUCGUCUCAGCGCCGGCGGGAUUGCCCCACCGGGCGAAGCAGGAUUUCGUGUACGAGUCGGCGACCGGCCCGAUGCUGAUCCCCAAGGACGCCAUGCUCGUCCCGAACAUCUGGAACAUGAACCGGGAUCCGGACCGAUAUGUCAACCCGGACAAGUUCGACCCGACCCGGUUUAUCGCCACGAAGGACAAACCAGCUGAGGAAAAUCCGGCCAAAACGUCUUUCGGAUUUGGACGACGCAUCUGCCCUGGCCGCCUAUUGGCCGAAUCAUCCCUGUUUCUGUUCUGCAGCGCGGUUUUGUCUGUCUUUGACAUCGGAAAAGCGCACGACAGCGAAGGGAAGGAAAUCGACAUCGCGCUCGGAUUCACCACUCAGACGGUCAUCCACCCCACGCCCUUUAAGUGCUCGGUACGCGCAAGAGAUGGAAGUGCGAGAAGUCUCAUCUACGGGGCCUGAGAUUCUAUUACGAUAUCGUUUGCACGGGAAUGUGGGAUGAUCGUUAUGUGUUUGUGAUGGUGCUUUGGGUACCUCUAGGCUCUUUAACGUACCGUCCAAAUUGAGAUGUCUCCCGCUCGAUAUCAGUGCAGAAAACGAUUGAAAUGCGGUAACACAUCAGGAUCGAGCAUCACUUUGUUGGUGUACUAAUGCGAGAUCCGUGGACAGUGUCCGAAUCGUCCAAGUACACCGGAAAUGGAAAUGAGAAAUGAAACCGAAGCACAUGGGACACACAGCCUGUCAUCACAUUGUUAUGAACCAGGCGCGGCAGUCAAGCAAAAGACAUACAUUACUCGAACACGAGGCCGCACAACGAGCACAUACAGCGGUGUGAUGGUGCGCUCCCAGCCGAAGAGGCUCAAGGAAUAAAGCGUUUCUUCCUGACCCAGACUAGAGGAGUGAAACGACAUCACGCAUGGAUCUUAGAUCACUGAUAGAGUUGCGUCCGAUCAGCCAGCGGACUGCCCAUGCGAUACCCGUGCCUCAUGCGUGGACGGAGGCAGAGCACUAUCACGAAACUCCAAGGUCACACACCGAGUUCGGGACGACGACGAUAGCAAUGCGACGAGAAGAAAGCAAGGUGUACAGACUACAUGCUGAUGCGAAAGCUAAAGACAUCGGAGAUGGGGGUCGUGCAGGUCAUAUACAUACAAUGUAAUGUAAUGCAAGUGCGUGAUGAACGUGUGUAGGUCAGGUCAUUCAUGUCAUGCAACCGUCAAGGGUCCGAGGGGCUCGUCGAGAUGCUCGUGAUUGGAAACAGAAGGCAAGCCUCGGGUGAAGAAGAAAAUGGCGAUCAAGAAAGGCAAGGAGAGGAUGCAGUGCAGAUGAGAGAGGCAGUAAAGCCAUCGACCUCGAAUCUACACCGCAUGCGCUACCUGCCUCAACGGGGACGGCGGCGCAAGCUGUCGCCCAGCCCGGCUAGAAGGCACACAAGCCCGCCGGAUCUUCAACGCGUCCGGGUUCCCGUGUUUCAACAAGAGCCGAGCGACCAGCGCGUCCACCGGAAGCGUGUCAGGUGUGCUGCCUGAGGACCGGGAUCUCGAUCUCGGCCGCGCCGGCAAUCCGACAUCCGCCGCAGCCUCCACGAAGCGCAGCUUCGGCUUUGGCGCGGGCGUGUUCGCCCGCAGGUCACGCGCUCCGGAUAGCACAGCCACUGAGGGCGGACUGGAGGGCAGGAGGAUGCCUCGCGGGCGCGGGGGCGAUGAGACCGAGCCUGAGCCCGCGUGCUGACCCCGUCGCCAGCCGUGCGCAACGAGCUUCGCGCGGAGACGGUCGGCCAGCCGGGCGUCCUGCGUUGCGAGCUCCACUGACGUCGCCGCGGGCGUCAUCAUGACGUCCUCAUGCAUGCGCGCGUUCUCCUUGUCUGCGAUAUCCAGUUCGGCGAGCGUCCACCCGUGCUCCACCCCCGCCCCGUACGCACGGAGGCUCCGCUCGACGAGCGCCAAGAAGCGCAGCUCCGCCUGUGUCGGCGGCGGCACAGGUUUCCCGGCGACGGGCGUCGGCGCGACGGGGAAGUCCCGCCGCGACUUGGUCCUGCGGUGGCGCGUCGGCGGUGGGGCUGCUGUGGCUGCGGCUGUGGCUGGGCGCGGCGGAGUCUGCACAUGCACGGUCCGGGCCCGCGGUCGACACGGGACCUGGAGGACGUGCGGCGCGUCCAGGGCGAGGGGCGAGAUCUGCUCGUCCGUAGGGAAGGGCACGGCCCUGGGCCCCUUUUCCGUCAUCGGGCUGGGGAUGGGGACUGGAGCGGAUUUGCCGAUGUCGUUUUCGGUUGCUGCGUGGGGUGCGAACGUGAUGCACGCAACGGGAGGCGGGCGCGUGACGCCGGCACUGGCGAAGGACACGGUGCACGUCGGCGGGGACUUGCGGCCAGAAGAGGGUGGAGGGGAAGAGCGUCGGAAAGGUAAAAGAGAGUGUCGUUUUGCGGGCGUGGUCGUGUCGUUUGAAGCAAGGUUCGGGUUGGGUGUCUGAAGAGGGGCGGGUCUAGGCGCCUCAGGAGAGCAACACUGGCGCUUGGUCCUGCUGUUGCCCCUGCGACGUGCGGCCUCAUCUUGGAACAAAGAGAGGGCUGCAGCGUCGGCGAGACGCGUGCGCGAGGAGUCGACAAACACUUUGAUGCUCGUCUUUGUCUUCGUCGCCUUCGCUCCGGCAGCGGCCGCAUUCUGGGUGGGGGAGAAGAAAGCGAUGGCCAUCGAUGGGUGGUUUGAAUGAGCAGAGCCACCCAGCGGAGCAGAAAAGAGGAAAGAGCAAGAGAGCACAAGACAAGUGAAGAGCGGAAAGGGACAAGCGAAGUGAUGAUGGACAGGGAUUGGGAUCCGAGUCACGAUCAGGUGAUAUCCCAGGGUGCCUCGUGUUUGUCAUGUGAUCUGCUCUGCCGCAUUCUGAACGCAGUUCUACGGACCCUGUUCACUCAACUUUCAGGGAUGCGGGAGCGGGUGAAUACCUCCAAUCAACCCGAAGAUUCAUUGUUCCUCCUCCCAGUGCCGCACCUGACGUGUGUGCCUGCACGUCGCAUCCUCCAUCGUUUCUUUCAAGAAUUCCUUUGUGGAAUCGGAAAACAUGUCUGUAGAUUUCACCUCGCCGAUCAACUUACCUGCUAUCUACGUUCCGGUGUUCUCUCGCUGGUUUAAGCAAUUGAAGACCCG